AUGACUCAGCAACCCGCCGUAUAUCGUCUUGAAGCCAAAACACAAUCCUAUGACUGGGGAAAGCUUGGUGACGUUUCCAAGGUUGCACACUAUGCAAAGCAGUCUGGCGUCGACGUGGAUCCCGCCAAGCCUUAUGCUGAACUAUGGAUGGGCACUCAUCCCAAUGCACCAUCCGUUGUCAUGGAUGACACUCGCACGCCACUCAAGGAUCUCAUUCAAGCUCAUUCAGAAUUGAGUACCGAGACAAUCUACAACCAGUACAACGGUGACCUUCCCUUUUUAUUCAAGAUUUUAUCUAUUCGCAAAGCAUUGUCUAUUCAGGCACAUCCUGAUAAGGCGCUAGGUGCACGUCUUCAUAGCGAGUUCCCCAACAUUUACAAGGAUCCCAAUCACAAGCCCGAAAUGGCAAUUGCUCUUACCCCGUUUGAAGCGUUAUGCGGCUUCCGGCCCCUGAAUGAGAUUGCUGAACAUCUUGACACAUACCCCGAAUUGGCAGCUUUGGUGGGCGAUGAGAAGGUGCAGCAAUUUAAGAAUACCAUCAAGCAAGAGAAUCAAGAUCAAAACAAGGCUGUGCUCAAGGAUGUGUUUGCUGCCAUCAUGAAUAGCUCCGCUGACAAGGUCAAGGAACAACUAGCACACCUUACCGAGCGUUUAAGAGGCAAGAAUGAAAAGACCGUGGUGGAUGAACUUGUGUUGCGUUUGGAUCAACAGUACCCUGGUGGUGACAUUGGCGUCUUUUCAAUGCUCGUGAUGAACUAUGUUACCAUGGAGCCUGGUCAAGCCAUGUUCUUGGGUGCUAAUGAACCCCAUGCUUAUUUGUCUGGAGAUUGUGUGGAAUGUAUGGCUGCUAGUGACAAUGUGGUGCGUGCUGGUUUAACACCAAAGUUCAAGGAUGUGGCCGUGUUGGUGGAUAUGCUCACUUAUCGAUAUGGAUCAGCAGAAUCACAAAAGAUGAAGGGGGAAAGCUUUGGUCUUCAUUCACUCUUGUACGACCCACCCAUCGAUGAAUUCUCAGUGGUGUUGACGCGACUUGCAGAAGGACAAGCUGAAACGCAUGAACCCAUUUCAGGCCCAAGCAUCCUCAUCGUCACUCGUGGUGCUGGUAAAUUAGAAGCCGACAAUUCUCAAUUCGACCUCAAAGAUGGAUACGUCUAUUUCGUGGGUGCCAAUGUCUCCAUCUCGGCAACUGCUGAAGAUACCGGUCUAGAGUUUUAUCGUGCUUUCACCGUUCCCAAUUAA